CCAGUAAUAAUGUGGGUGGGACUAAAGCGUGCAUCACCCACGGUUAACACUGAUGAACUCUUCUCUGAUACUCCGGUUGGGCUACAAUGAAACAUUUUUGUUACUUUGAAUGACUCUUUAAGCUCUUCGCCCUGAGUGUGGAGCCGCCGUGAGCCGAUCCGUGGCUCGAACUUAGCUGACACUGACAUGUUUGUGGUUACAGGGCAUUUGAUCAUUUGUGCAACAGAGCUAUGGCCAGUCCAGAGGACGUGAUCGAGCCGUUGGCAGAGAGCGCAGCUGCCCAAAGCCUUAAUAGACGACGCUUCUCACACGACUGCCACGAUUUGACUAAAGACGAGCUAGAUGGCCUCAUGUCGCGCAGUGAAGGACGUCCUUUCAUCGUGGUGCAUCGUCUUUCCGAAAUAGAAGAUAAGGGUAUACCUUAUUUCAUCCCUGAUGUUCCUGUUAAAUGCAGACUGGACAACACAGAGAAGCACACUACACGCUCAAGGUCCAGAACGGUGAAUGUUAGUAUUGGGACCCUGUAUACACUGCAUCUAACACAUGGCCAGUUCCACUGGACUAUAAAGAGGAAGUACAAGAACUUUCAGGAGGUGCAUCGCGACCUUUACAAGCACAAGAUGAUGCUUCAUUUACUGCCUAUUGGAAGAUUUGCAAAGGAGAGGCAGCAGCUGAGAAAUAUGUCGGAGGAAAUGCCCAGCCUACAUGGGACUGAGCGGGCCAGAAGAACCUCCAGCAAAGUGAAACACCUUGAGGAGUACCUGAAUUGUCUACUGGAGAACACAUUCUGUAAAAAUGAUAGCAGCAUGCUGGAGUUCCUCUCCAUCAGUCCCCUCUCCUUUGUCUCUGAUCUUGGACCCAAGGGCUUGGAGGGAUAUAUCUUGAAGAGGUCAGGGGGUCACCGAAUCCUAGGCCUGAACUGUAUAGGCCAUCAUCAGAUCUGCUUCCGCUGGUCACGCCGCUGGCUGGUGGUGAAAGACUCUUUCCUGUUGUACAUGAAACGAGAUAGUGGCAGCAUCGACUUUGUGCUGCUGUUUGAUCCAGAGUUCAAAACAAAAGUGGGUCGUGCUGACACAGGCACCAAAUAUGGAGUGUGCUUUGAGAACUUUAAUCGGAAUUUGAUUAUCAAGUGCAACGGCUAUAGGCAAAGUCAAUGGUGGAAUUCUGAAAUCAAGCAUCUGGCAGAAACAUGUGACUUUCUCAAAACGCAACGCUUCGAAGGAUUCGCUCCACCGCGGGAGAACACGCUCACUAAAUGGUAUGUGAAUGGAAGUGGUUACUUCGCUGACCUGGCUGAUGCUCUCGAACAAGCCAAGGAGGAGAUUUUCAUCACAGAUUGGUGGCUCAGUCCUGAAGUCUUCCUAAAGAGACCAGCAACUAACUACUACUGGCGGCUCGAUGAGAUCCUCAAACGCAAAGCAGAAAUGGGAGUCAAAGUGUGUGUACUGCUGUACAAAGAGGUGGAGAUGGCACUUGGCAUCAAUAGUGAGCACAGCAAGAGGACUCUAAUGAAUAUGCACCCAAACAUCAAGGUGAUGCGGCAUCCUGACCACGUGUCUUCUGUGGUGUUUCUGUGGGCUCACCAUGAGAAGAUGGUGGCCAUUGACCAAACAGUAGCCUUUGUAGGGGGGCUUGACCUGGCUUUUGGGAGAUGGGAUGACAGCCAGCAUCACCUAACUGACCUUGGUUUGACAGAGACGACCGACGGGGGCAAUGGUAUGGCUGGUGGCUCUAAAACAUCUGAGCCAGAUAAGCAAGGAGAGCAGGACCCACAUGAUUUGACUGGUAACACUAAACUGUGGCUUGGCAAAGAUUACAAUAACUUUAUCAAGAGAGACUGGGUCCAGCUGGAUAGACCAUUUGAAGAUAACAUUGAUCGUACUACAGUUCCUCGCAUGCCGUGGCGUGACCUGUCUGCAGCUUUUCAUGGCAAAGCUGCCAGGGAUGUAGCCCGCCACUUCAUCCAGCGCUGGAAUUUUACCAAGAUCUUCAAAAUCAAGUACAAAGACGACUUCUACCCUUACCUACUCCCCAAGUCUCAUUCCACUGCUGACUCUCUGCCAUUCACUGUGCCUGGGUCCAAGAAAGCCAAAGUGCAGGUGCUGCGCUCUGCUGAUCGUUGGUCAACUGGAACCUGUGAGAGCUCAAUCCAUAACGCCUACAUCGACACCAUCAACAAGAGUGAACACUACAUCUACAUCGAGAACCAGUUCUUCAUCAGCUGUUCCGACCAGAAGACUGUCCAUAAUGGCAUUGGUGAUGCAAUCGUGAAUCGAAUUCUGCGUGCCUACAGAGAAAAGAAGAAGUACAGGGUGUAUGUGGUGGUGCCUCUGCUUCCUGGAUUUGAAGGAGACAUCAGUACAGGAGGUGGAAAUGCCAUUCAAGCUAUUCUGCACUUCACUUACAGGACCAUGUGCCGAGGGGAGUUCUCCAUCCUGUCAAGACUAAGCGAAUUGAAGGAUCAGUGGACAGAGUACAUCACACUGUGCGGAUUGAGGACGCAUGCCCAGCUCUCCGAGUCACCUGUCACAGAGCUCAUCUAUGUUCACAGCAAGACCCUCAUUGCUGAUGACCGCUGCUAUAUCAUUGGAUCAGCCAACAUUAAUGACCGUAGCAUGCUGGGCUCCCGAGACAGUGAGUUGGCAGUCUUUGUGGAAGAUGAAGAGAGGGUCCCAUCCAUCAUGGGAGGGGAGGAAUACCAGGCAGGACCACUGACACUUGCUCUACGCAAAGAGUGCUUCAGGGUUCUUGUUGGAGCUGCUUCAGACCCCAGUAUAAAUAUUGACGAUCCAAUCAGUGAUGAGUUCUUCUUCUUGGUUUGGAAUUACACUGCUAAAACGAAUGUUAACAUUUAUGACAAGGUGUUCAAGUGCCUGCCCUGCAACAGUGUCCAUAGCAUGCAAGCCCUGAGGGACUAUUUAAAUGUGGCUCGCCUCUGUGACACAGACCCCGAGCAGGCCAAAGAGGAACUAAAGGCCAUCCGAGGAGUGCUGGUCCAUUUCCCCUUAAAGUUCCUGUGUAGGGAAAACUUGCUGCCUCCACGGAACACUAAAGAAGGCAUGGCUCCUGUAGGGCUGUGGACAUAAGCAGCAGCUCAGCCAUGUUCAGACCACUACAUGACAAUGCAACUGCUGCUGUACUGCAACCAUCUUUCCUGUAGUCAGCACAGUAAACAAAAGGAGUUACAGCACUUGAAUGGUGAGAGGCGGAGAGAGGUGUUACCCUUAUCAAAUUUAUUAAUGAUCCACUUAUGAUUACUUUGUCUUUUUGAUUGACAAUGGGCUAAUGUGACUGAUGUUAGCUACUGACAUGCAAAUUUUACGAUGUCCUGUCUAUAUUAGGUUGUGCUGACCAAUUUGUUUGUGAUGUCUGCUUUAUAAUAGCUUCAGUGUGAUCUGAUCUGCAUGUCUGGCGGCGGUGCAGAGCACAGAUAAAUGAAUGUAUGAGUCAGGAGAGGAUUGCAAGGUUGUAUUAGAAAUCAAGCAUCUCACAUGAUCUGGGAACAUAGUGUACAUUUAUUGGUGCACGAUUUUUGGGUGGGUGGGUGACUCUCUCUCUCUGUGUCUGUUCUCUCACUCUCUCCCUCUGAGGCUUCACCUCUCACUGCAGUGCCAGAAAAUCUGUCAGAACAUUUGUGGUUGUUAUGGUGACGGAUAUAAAGAGAUGACUGGAUUGUAGCUGAAAUAAAGACUGGAUAGGGCAGAAUAGGGAGAGUGCUGAUAAGAGGUACAACUUACUAAAUCAGGAUGGUGCACUGGGAAAAAGGAAGCUAAUAUUCUGCUAGGGCUGCUGACCAUUUCUGGAUAUAUGAUCAGGUGGGGAAACUGUGAGAGCGGAAAGAAAAGCAGAACAAGAUAAUUAAAGGGUGUUAGGUUGAUUUCCUGCUAAUUGUUGCAUUUUUUUAAGUCUCCAUGACACCUUAGUGAAUUUUUCCCACCAUACUGUCGACAGUCCAGAACAGAACAUUCCACUGCCCACUUGAGACCACUGAAUAUCUCAGCUAUUUUUAUGUUGGGUCCAGCAUCUUUCAUGUGUACCGUAUGUUACAUUUGCUCACAGACAUAGCCGUUUGUUUAGGUCCACUAUUUUUAGCCAUAACGCUGACUUGAGUUGUGACGUGAUGUCGUUUUCACGUUCUCACUGAUUGCCAUUUUGGGGCAUCACGGGGCUGUUUUUUUGAAAUGUCAUUCCCUUGAGCUGUGACCAAGCCGUGACUGCUGUUGGGAAGUCUUUAAAUGUCUUCUACUGGAUACAUUUGUAGCAUUGCUGGUGAAAAUAGACAGGAAACCUUUACCUCUUUUGUGUCAUUGCAUUGACUGAGAUAUCAUGUAAUAAUACAGCGGGUAAGGUACAGUAUGUGCCUUAGAAAAACAGGAAUUGGAUUCUAAGGGUUGAUGGAAAAUCUAAGCGAGGGGGAAUGUACAUUUUUCUGCCACUUUAGAUUGUGCAUUCGGGCAAAACUGUAACUCAUUUUUCAAUAUCUGAAGCACUAGGCCAGGUUUUAUUACAUGCACUUUCAUCACAAGUUUUUUACAGCAACAAACAGCAGAAGAGGAUAAAGGCCAGUCUGUAAAACUUGUGACUGGGACUCUGUUUUAUAUUCCUAGCCUUGUGCUAGUGUUAUGACUACUGUGUGUGUGUGUGUGUUCUGGAAGGGGGUUGAGCCUUUGCACAUGUUUCUUUUAAAGAGACCAGAUAAAAGAUGACCCAGAACAAUGCAAUGACAGUAAAUCACAGUUAAGUGAAUAAUCCAGACUGUUGUAUGAGCUUCUGACACACACCUAUGAGUGAAAAACAUUACCUUGGCGGUUCCAUUGCAAAGCUGUCUGUGAAUGGGACAGGUGCCCCAUGCGACCAAGUCUACAUGAAGUGUCUCACAGGAUUGUUGUUCAGUUAAAGCAUCUGUGUUUAGAAAUAUGGAUGCUUACCUAUGUAAGAUAUUAAAAGACACUAUAAGCCCUUCCAUAUAUAUAUUUUCUACCCUCUUUCUUGCAGCCCAAAGUGGUUGUCUUAACUGGUGUUCCUUUUAAGUUCUGCAGAAAUGCCUGUAAUAUACCGAAAAGUGACCUUAUACGGUUUCUCUCAUGAAUUUUAUUUUUAAUAGACCAAUAAUCAGCAUUCCCAAACCACUUUUAUGAAUUUAUUACUCAUUGAAAUGUGUUUGUAUUCAUUCCUGAGAGUCACUGUGUGAAACCUUGUCUCUGUAGAUCAAUGUCAUUACCUUAUAAUUACUAAUGUAUAGGGUUACUAACACUCAGGGGUAGAGAGCGAUGACCAAUAUUCUUAGUCUUGUUAGUGCAAUUAUGAGCAACUUGUAUUUUAUUCUGUUUUUUUUUAACAUGAACUUGUUUUUUAUAUCCGAAUAUCUACUCUGUUUGAAAAAUUUACUUUUUUCAGCCUUCUCUUGUAUUACUUUUGUAAACAUUAGUGCUUUCUUUUUAAAAAGAAAAGACUGCAUUCAAACUGGAUUUAAUAUAUUUAAAAAAUAAAACUUUCAAAUGUGUAUCAGCAUGCAUUUCUAUUCUGUAUAAAAUCUU